AAUAGUGGUUUUGCUAAUACGAUUAUUCCAGAAUUCAUUCGAUUUCGUAUUUAUCUCCAUCAGUUCUUUCUUUCUUUUAUUUUUUUAAACUGAAAGUUACAUUGUUGAUCCUUUGUUUCAAAAUAAUGGCCAACAACUCGAGCAAGGAUAUCUUUCAAUUCAAGAUUUCUUUGAAAUUCAUUAAGCCUAAAAUUUGGCGCCGAAUUCAAGUACCUGCAAAUUACACUUUUCAGCAACUACACUGGGCAAUUCAAGAUAGCAUGGGAUGGAAAAGUAAUUUCGGUAAUUACCAUCUACAUGUUUUCCGAAUGUCAAAAAAUAGAAAUACUAUUGAAAUAGGCCUUCCUAAUGAUUUCGAUAGCUUUGCGGAAACCAUUCCAGAAGAACGUGCUAAACUGAUGGAUUUUUUCACGGAACCCAAAACAAAAGCGUUAUAUGAAUAUGAUUUCGGUGAUGGUUGGGAGCAUGAUGUAGUUUUGGAGAAGAUUUUGUCUGCUGUGGAAGGUAUUGUUUACCCAAAAUGUGUCGCUGGUAAAAGAGCAUGCCCACCAGAAGAUUGUGGUGGCUAUGAUGGGUACGAAGAACAUUUAGAAAUCAUUCGAAAUCCUAGGCACCCAGAGUAUAAAAACCACAUGGAAUGGCUGAAAUCCACAGCUGCUGGACCUGACCCUGAAGAAUUUGAUCCAAAUUCAGUGAUAUUUCAUGAAGGUAAAAUGUAGUAAAAAUGUUUUACUCAUAAGUUAAAUUUGUUUUCGAGACUUCACGUAUAUCAUAGAACUUUUGUUUAUGUGAUCUGAUUGUUUCUGAAUGCUUUGUGAUAAAAUGAUUAGUUUUAAUUUCUGAACGGAUUUCUAAAUUUUUUGGAUGAAAAAAUUUUGUUUUUUAUUAUUAUUUUGGGUGAUAAUUUUUAUGUAUAAUAGUUACCGAAUUAGUGUUUAUAUAAAA